AUUAGCUUAGAGGCGCCACGCGCGUCGACGGAGUUUUGGGGUUCGGGCAUAUAUGCAAAACCUCGGCCUCCGAGCCUAGCCUUUUACCACCUCUAAGAACUUACCCCAACAAUACUACACGAGGUUUGGUGUAGCUGAGCACACAACGACCGCCACACGCUGUGGGCCCGCCAAACGGCCCCCCCUGUGCCUGGGGACGCCUAGCAACACCCUUUUCUCAACACGCAACGUGCACGGGCAGGAUGGCGAACCUUAGCCCCAUAGUCUUCACGUGCGCCACGGUAGCUGCGGCGCUCACUCUACUGGUCGCACGCAAGUGGCAGCCCAGCGGUCCCGGCGCCGCCCGCGACUUCCGGGGUCUUCUUGUGCUGGCCCUCGCGUACUCCUCAGGCGUGGGGUACAUGGUAGCUGCGGCUGCUAGCGACGUGCUGGCACGCAAGUCCACGCCAUUAAUGGGCAAGAACCUGGGCGGCUCCAUUCACCCGCUGUCGUGGCUGCUGCUGCUGCCGUACCAUGUGGGCCUGCGUGUGAAGCUGGGCGUGCAGCGGCUCGUGUCCAAGGAGCCUCUCUACAACCGCGUGCUGCCGGGCUGGUACAUCGGGGGCUGGCCCUGGAGCGCAGGCGAGCUGCCUGCCGACAGCCCCUCCGUGCUGGACUGCACGUGCGAGCUGCCGCGCACCGCACACCGCCAUCGCUACUGCUGCCUGCCCAUCUGGGACACGCAAGUGCCCACCACGCCGCAGCUUGAGCGCGGGGUGGCGUUCGCGGUUGCGGAGCGCGCGCUGGGCAAGUCCGUGUACGUGCACUGCGCCCACGGGCAUGGCCGGUCGGCGCUGCUGCUCAUUGCCUGCCUGCUGGAGGCCGGCCAGGUGUCCAGCUGGGAGGAGGGCCUGGCGCUGCUGCAGUCGGUGCGGCCCAAGGUGAAGCUCAACGCCCGGCAGCAGGUGGCGCUAGAGGCGUGGGUGCAGCGCCGCCGUGGCGGCCUCCUGCAGAUGCAGUCGCUGGGACAGACACUUGGCACAGGCCACAGCCACGGCGCAGCAGCAGCCACGGACGACGCCGCGGUUGCUGUGACAACGGCGGUGGAGCGGCCGGCUACGGCGGUGCACCGGUCCGGGCUGUCUGCGGGCAGCAGCGGCGGCAACAGCGGCAGUAUGGUGCAUCUGGUGGCGGAGGCGCUGGGCCCGGGUGGCGGCGCUGCUGCCAACAGCCAUAGCCCGAUGGCGCACACGCAAGGCCACGGCGCCUCGGCAGCGGCCGCCGCGGGCAUGGGGUCGGGUACCAGCUCGGUGGGUGUGAUGGCAGACGUGACCUUGACAAACGCUGACGAGUCCACCGGCAAGAAGCUGAGCUGAGCGUCUGCGGGCGCGGGCCAGGGGAGGAGAAGGGCUGGUCAAGAAGGUGGGAAACGUCGUGUCCUGCAGGUGAUGAGCGCAAGCACUGGGUCACUAGGUGGAAACGUUGUGGCUGUGGGGGAAUGGGACGCUGCCGAGUGAACGCGGUGCGCCGGCCUGCAUGGCCCUUGGUGGUGACCAAUGGCACAUCAGCAGCUGAACACGAGCCAUGAUUCCACAUUACAUUGCAUUCAUACGAGCACAAAGGAAGCUCGGGUGCUACACGGGCCGUGAGCCGCUGUGCUUGCGCGCUUAUCUAUUGUGUCGGUGUGCUCAAGGUGAGCAGGUGUCAGCGGUUGGAGUGAAGGCUUGGAGCUGAAGGUUGGUAUGAAGGCAGGCCAUGCCAUGGGGGCCACGCGCUGGCGCGUGCGGCCAACCGGUUGUUAAGUUACGGUCACAUGCCAGGUCGUCAAUAUAAUUGGCCUUACAUCACUUCGGUCCAUGCCGUAGGUCCAGGUCUGCGCUGCCUUGGCAUGUUGCACAGUUAAUCUGUACUGUGCGUCGAAGGCAUGCAAUACAGUUUGAACGGUUGGACCAAAUGUCCCAGUGCCAACAUGCCAUGGGCACAGCACACGGAUAUCCAGAGAUCUCAGCCAUCUAGAUGCAGGGCUGCAGACCUUAACUUCAAGCCGCACUCGGACAAUGCGUGCUCACGCAGUUCGCGCAGGACAACGGACUUACGGACUCUUGCCCCGCCUUACGGGAUGCGAGGGCCGGGAUGAUAACCAUCACACUCGGGACUUUGCUUCUCAUGCGUUCUCACCACCAUCUGCUCUUGCUCGUACUGGGAAUUCAGCAGCGCAGGACAAGGGACAACCCGUAGGCCAAACCGGCCAACACAUAGCCGAUGACCUGAGCCACUGCGGGUGGCACUGUGGCGCACGAAUAGAGCCAU